CCCCCAACCAGCUUACUAAUCACACUCCUCUUCCAUCUCUUAAUCUAAUCACACUCCUCUCCACCUCGUCGCCUCGCCGUCUCCACCACCAAAACCCUAGCCGGCGCCGCGCUCCUCCACCCGCCGCCGCCCGCAGCCAUGGAUCUCCUCCGCUCGCACCUCCACAGGGUCCGCAUCCCGGAGCCCUCCGACCGCAUCCACAAGGACGAGUGCUGCGUCUCCUUCGACACCCCGAGGUCGGAGGGGGGCCUGUACGUCGACCUGAGCUCGUUCCUGGGGUUCGGGAAGGAGCACGUGGCGUGGAACUACGAGAAGACGGGGAACCCCGUGUACCUCCACAUCGUGCAGCGCCGGAAGCCGGAGCCCGACGACGAGGCGGAUCGCCCGCUGAAGAAGCCCACGCUGCUCGCCAUCGGAGUGGAGGGAGGUUUCAAUGAUCAAGAACCUGAAUAUGAUGAGGCUUUUGAAAUUGUUAUCUUGCCUGAAUUUACUUCUCUCCCGUUUCCAUCAGUUGACUUGCCAGAGAAGGUUAGGAUUGCAGUUGACAAAGUUAUACUUGCCGAAAGUGCUGAUAGAAAACAACGACUGGCUUCUUGGGUUGCUGACAAUAAAAAAAUCAGUGCAUUUGCUAUGGAUCUGCAACAGCUAGACAAUGGUGUCAUUGUGCCCCCUACUGGAUGGAAAUGUAGCAAGUGUGAUAAAACUGAGAAUCUCUGGUUAAAUUUGACUGAUGGCAUGAUCCUUUGUGGGAGGCGGCUUUGGGAUGGAAGUGGGGGAAAUAAUCAUGCUAUUGAACACUAUGAACAGACAAAAUAUCCUCUUGCAGUAAAGCUUGGAACAGUUACUGCCGAUUUGGAAGCAGCAGACGUUUUCUCAUACCCGGAAGAUGAUAGUGUUGAAGAUCCACUACUAGCUCAGCAUUUGUCACACUUUGGUAUUGAUUUUUCCUCUCUUCAAAAGACUGAGAUGACUACUGCUGAAAGAGAACUUGAUCACAAUACCAAUUAUGACUGGAACAGAAUACAAGAAAGUGGCAAAGAUGCUGAACUUUUAUACGGGCCUGGUUAUACUGGCCUUGUUAACCUUGGAAACAGUUGCUAUAUGGCCUCAGUAAUGCAAGUGAUGUUUUCAACUCUUCCUUUUAUUUCACGAUACUAUGAGAAGCAGAGCUUGAAAGCUGCAUUCACAAUUUCCCCAGCUGAUCCAACAAUGGACUUAAAUAUGCAAAUGACAAAGUUGGCACAUGGAAUGCUCUCUGGCAAAUACUCUCUGCCAAACCAAGAGGGGCAAGAAGGAAUACGCCCUCGUAUGUUUAAGACAGUUAUUGCCGCAAAGCAUCCUGAAUUUUCCAGUAUGAGGCAACAGGAUGCCCUUGAUUUCUUCCUUCAUCUUAUUGACCAAGUUGAUCAGGCAAACCCUGGAAACCAUGAGCUGAAUCCUUUUACCGGGUUCAAAUUCAUUAUUGAGGAACGGCUUCAAUGUCCUUCUGGAAAAGUUUCUUAUAACAAACGUUCAGACUACAUUCUUUCAUUGAGCAUACCAUUGCAUGAAGCUACUAACAAAGAGCAGCUAGAAGCGUUUCAUGAGAAAAAGGCUGCAAUGGAUCUGGAUGGAAAGGAAGUGUCUAAUGAGGAAAUUGUGAGGCCUAGAGUCCCACUGGAGGCAUGCUUGGCAAGUUUUUCAGGCGCGGAAGAAGUGCCUGAUUUUUACAGCACUGCAUUGAAUUCGAAGACGACAGCAAUUAAGACUGCUGGCUUUAAAUCCUUUCCUGAUUACCUGGUAUUGCAGAUGCGUAAAUUUGUAAUGGAAGCAGGAUGGGUGCCAAAGAAACUAGAUGUUUACAUAGAUGUGCCUGAUAUAAUUGAUAUCUCGCACAUGCGCAGCAAAGGCAUACAGCCUGGGGAAGAGUUACUACCUGAAGGAGCUGCUGGUGGUAACACUGCUGAACCUGCUUAUCCUGUUGCCAGUGAGGACAUUGUAUCCCAUCUGGCAAGCAUGGGGUUCAAUUAUCUUCAUUGUCAGAAAGCUGCUAUUAGUACAUCAAACACAGGAGUUGAGGAGGCAAUGAAUUGGCUUCUUUCACACAUGGAUGAUCCAGAUAUUGAUGAUCCAAUAUCUAAAGAUUCACAGGCUGCUGAACAAACUGUUGAUGAAACUAGUGUUCAGACUCUUGUUUCCUUUGGAUUUCAAGAAGAUGUUGCUCGAAAAGCCUUGGCAGCUUCUGGUGGAAAUAUCGAGAGAGCGACAGACUGGAUUUUCAGCCACCCAGAAACUUCUAGCUCAGCACCUACUGUUGAUUCUUCAACAAGCAAUAUGGAAGCUGAUGACGCACACAUUCCGGAUGGAAGUGGAAGAUACAAAUUGAUGGCAUUUGUGAGUCAUAUGGGCACCUCUACCCAUUGUGGGCACUAUGUUGCCCAUAUCCGCAAAGACGGGAGGUGGGUGAUAUUCAAUGACAGUAAGGUGGCUGCCUCUGUUGACUUGCCCAAGGAUAUGGGAUACCUCUAUUUCUUUCAAAGGAUAUAAAAAGCAUUAGCAGCUGAAAGACUUCACAGGCAAGAAUACCAUCGCUGACUUGUCUUAGUUACAAUCACCUAUUAUCAAAAGCAUGGCGGAUAGUCGAUGAACUUUAGAACUGAGUGUUGAUCACAUCCUGUCGUGCUGACUUUAGACUGAUCAGCUUGGGAUUUCACUUUGUUCUCUGACAUUUAUGCAUUAUCGCAUUCAAUUUCAUCGAUGUCGAUUUAUCACCUGAUUUUUAACUCUGCUGUGAAAACUUUGAACUAGCUCAAUCUUUACAUCUGAAAAGGAAAAAGAAAAGAAAAGGCAAGGGAGAAGAGACGGCCCCUGGUGCCGCAUGUAAUAAUAUUUUGCACAUUUUAACAGA